AUGAUAGCGAGAUAUGGUCGGGCUGGCUCAGUAGGCCAGGUGGUGGGCGGCCGGAGGGCGUCUUUCAUGUGGCGGGAGGUUGGGAGGUAUAUGCAUAUGGCUUUGACACAUACUAGGUGGUUGAUAGGCGACGGACGGAGCAUUGAUGUGAUGGAGGACCCUUGGGUGGACGCACUCCCGCUGAGGCUGUGGCCGACGAUGAUCAGCGAUGAGGAGACUGUUGGGCUCCGAGUGUACGAUCUCUUCAGGCCUGGGGAGGCCGGGUGGGAUGAGGACAGGCUGGGUCAGUUAUUCGGGGAGCACUUAGCUGAGCGGGUACGGGCCCUCCCUGUCCCGGGAUCAGCAGGUCCGGAUGUUAGGGUAUGGAGCACCACUUGUACAGCCAGUGUCAGGGUUGGUGAUGUCUCUCGGGUUAUUCAGCAGGAGUCGGAGCUGGGGAGGGACUGUGGCUGGGUUUGGAGAUUUGGGCUACACCAGAGGGUUGCAUUAUUCCUCUGGAAGGUAGCCUGGGAUCGACUGCCGACGAGCUUGGUGCUGAGCCGACGGGGAGUUAGCAUUCCUCCUCUAUGCCCGUCCUGUGAGACAGAGGAGUCGACGGACCAUGUACUAUUCCAGUGUGUCUGGGCGCAGUCGGCUUGGAGACUUUCUGGGCUUCCGGAGGCUGCAUGGAGGCGGAGGGACUAUUUUCUAGAGGAGGUCCGAGGGUGGUCCGGUUCCCACCAGAUGCGUUCUGUGGCCAUUAGGGCGUCCUGCAUAGUCUAUCAGAUAUGGUUGGCCAGGAACGCCCGAGUUUUUGGUGAGCCUAGCCUGUCCCCACGAUUUGUGAUGGAGCGGGCGCGGGCACAGGCAGCUGAGAUUCUUCAGGCAGGUCCGGAUCAUAGACCUUUGACAGCUCAGGACAUCUGGGGCUCCCAUGCUGCUUUGGCAGCCUCUCAUACGGCUAGGCAUAUAUACCGUGAGGCAAAUGGGGCAGCUGAUUGGGUGGCGUCGUAUGUGGCGAACCACUCAGGAAGCACCCUAUGGGUUGGGGUGGAUGACUUGCCCGGUGCAUUCCGGGACCUUUUGUUUGCAGAUUCUGCUGGGUGUAUUCGUACCCGUGUAGUAUGA